AUUCUCUGAACUCUUACAGUGUGUGUGUGUGUGUGUGUGUGUGUGUGUGCGUGUGUGAGAGAUUAUGUUACAUAGCUGGAUUGCGUAAUAGCGAGGUGCGUCUCUUCUGUGUCCAUUGAAAGGAGAAAGUCUCAGGGUGCUCUGGGGCUUUGCACCACGUUUAACGUCAACAGGCGAUUUUAAAGGGAGUUGUCUUUUGAAGUGAAGGCUGAGCUUUGUGACGUCGUGAACCUGUUGGGACGUGUCGGUCUGGAUCAAUGGACGUUCCUCUCUGCACCGACCUGUUAUAAAAAGAUUCCACAGAAGAAAGUCAGAGAGAAACGUUGAAGUCCUGAAAUAUCUGUUAUGAAUAAAGUAGAGCUGGUGGGGGGAUCACCAGAGGCCCUAGGACACGGUAUUUAACGCUACUUAAGUAACGAUACGAUAAUAUCACAAUACUUAAGUAACGAUACGAUAAUAUUACGAUACUUAAGUAACGAUACGAUAAUAUCACGAUACUUAAGUAACGAUACAAUAAUAUCACGAUACAAUAUUUAACGAUACAAUAAUAUCACGCUACUUAAGUAACAAUACGAUAAUAUUACGAUACUUAAGUAACGAUACAAUAAUAUCACGAUACUUAAGUAACGAUACGAUAAUAUUACGAUACUUAAGUAACGAUACGAUAAUAUCACAAUACUUAAGUAACAAUACGAUAAUAUUACGAUACUUAAGUAACGAUACGAUAAUAUCACGAUACAAUAUUUAACGAUACAAUAAUAUCACGCUACUUAAGUAACAAUACGAUAAUAUUACGAUACUUAAGUAACGAUACAAUAAUAUCACGAUACUUAAGUAACAAUACGAUAAUAUUACGAUACUUAAGUAACGAUACGAUAAUAUCACAAUACUUAAGUAACAAUACGAUAAUAUCACGAUACUUAAGUAACGAUACGAUAAUAUCACAAUACUUAAGUAACGAUACGAUAAUAUCACGAUACUUAAGUAACGAUACGAUAAUAUUACGAUACUUAAGUAACGAUACGAUAAUAUCACGAUACUUAAGUAACGAUACAAUAAUAUCACGAUACUUAAGUAACAAUACGAUAAUAUUACGAUACUUAAGUAACGAUACGAUAAUAUCACAAUACUUAAGUAACGAUACAAUAAUAUCACGCUACUUACGCAACGAUACGAUAAUAUCACGAUACUUUAACGAUACGAUAAUAUCACGCUACUUAAGUAACGAUACAAUAAUAUCACGCUACUUAAGUAACGAUACGAUAAUAUCACGAUACUUAAGUAACGAUACAAUAAUAUCACGCUACUUACGCAACGAUACGAUAAUAUCACGAUACUUUAACGAUACAAUAAUAUCACGCUACUUAAGUAACGAUACGAUAAUAUCACGAUACUUAAGUAACGAUACAAUAAUAUCACGCUACUUACGCUACGAUAAUAUCACGAUACUUUAACGAUACAAUAAUAUCACGCUACUUAAGUAACGAUACGAUAAUAUCACGAUACUUAAGUAACGAUACAAUAAUAUCACGCUACUUACGUAACGAUACGAUAAUACCACGAUACUUAAGUAAAGAUACGAUAAUAUCACGAUACUUAAUUAACGAUACAAUAAUAUCACGAUACUUAAGUAACAGUACGAUAAUAUCACGAUACUUAAGUAACGAUACGAUAAUAUCACGAUACUUAAUUAACGAUACAAUAAUAUCACGAUACUUAAGUAACAGUACGAUAAUAUCACGAUACUUAAGUAACGAUACGAUAAUAUCACGAUACUUAAUUAACGGUACAAUAAUAUCACGAUACUUAAGUAACAGUACGAUAAUAUCACGAUACUUAAGUAACGAUACGAUAAUAUCACAAUACUUAAUUAACGAUACAAUAACAUCACGAUACUUAAGUAACAGUACGAUAAUAUCACGAUACUUAAGUAACGAUACGAUAAUAUCACGAUACUUAAUUAACGAUACAAUAAUAUCACGAUACUUAAGUAACAGUACGAUAAUAUCACACUACUUAAGUCACAAUACGAAAUUAUCAUGACACUUAAUCACGAUACAAUAUUGGUAACAUUGACAUUUACAGCUGUUAUGAAGUAAGGAGGUUCCAUUCAGUUACAUUGUGGUGCGUUCAAGCUCAUUCAGUAAAAAUGAGAAUUGGAUGUAGUUUUGGCAAGAAACAUAAAAUUCAGUAUUUUGAAGGAAAUGUUUUUACAUGAAUAUAAAAUAGGCAUUAGAUAUGAAUCAUGAUCUGUUCAAGCACAUUAUUAUACUUCAUUAACACUAAUCAGGACUAGAUUUGUUCAUAAUGAACUAUCAUAAUAUUAAUCAUUGUAAGUGUGUGUUUUUAUUUAAAUAACCACUAUAGGUGACUUAAAGUAAAAGGAAACGGUUGAUGAUGUUAAUACAUGUUUUACUUCAUUCGUUUUUGGCCUAUUAGUGAUAUUCUGGUUAAUAAUCGCGAAAACAAUAAAACUGUAAUCAUCAAAUAAUACAAUACAAUAAUACAUUGUUAAUUGUUAUCAAUAAUGACACACUCAUUUCCUAAUCAUGAAUUAUGUUUUUUUAUUUGUGUCUUGAGCUAAAACGAUCUGCCGAUGUGGAUCGUCAACCAUUAAGUUGUCUUUAAAUAAAUAUGGUUUAUUGAUCAGCUGGAUCGACGUCACCUUUCAGUCUCGAUGUCUUUACCUGAAUCUCGAUGUUUCCACAGAUCGAAGACCCAGACUCACUCGGAUCCCUCCAAUGGCGUGCCGCUCUGCCCUCUGCCAUAGAGGGUGAGUCUGAAUCGCCCCGUGCUCCCCGUCUGCAGCGCCACUCCGAGCCUCAACAUGGACACGGAGACCGACGACACUGAGGGGUGCUACCGCAACCGCUCCGUCAGGUUCUUCUACGAGAAGAGCGGCAAGAACAUCAGCGACCACUGGCGCAACCGCGACUACGUGAUCGUCACUCUGGGCAUGGCAGUCUGCUUCAUCGUCAUCUUCUCCAACCUCCUGGUCAUUGGCGCCAUUUUAAAGAACCGACGCUUUCACUUCCCCAUCUAUUACCUACUGGGUAACCUGGCUGUGGCGGACCUUUUCUCAGGCGUCUCCUACCUCCACCUGAUGUUCCACACAGGCCCCUGGACCAUCAAGCUGACCAAGUACCGCUGGUUUGUGCGUCAGGGUCUGAUCGACACCAGCCUGACGGCGUCCGUCCUCAACCUGCUGGCCAUCGCCGUGGAGCGCCACCAGACCAUCUUCAACAUGCAGCUGCACAGCAAGAUGAGCGCCCGCCGCGUCUUUGUCAUCAUGGUCUUCAUCUGGCUGGUGGCCAUCGUCAUGGGCCUGGUGCCCACCAUGGGCUGGCACUGCCUGUGCGACCUGGACAACUGCUCCACCAUGGCGCCGCUGUACAGCCGCAGCUACCUGGUGUUCUGGGGCGUCCUCAACCUGCUCACCUUCUCCAUCAUGGUGGCGGUCUACACGCGCAUCUUCGUCUAUGUGCGCCGUAAGAGCCGGCAGAUGUCCCAGCACACCAGCCAGGUGAGGCUGCGGGAGACGGUGCUAGGCCUCAUGAAGACGGUGUCCAUGAUCCUGGGCUGCUUUGUGCUCUGCUGGACUCCCGGCCUGGUGAUCCUGCUGCUGGACGGUCUGGGCUGCGACCGCUGCAACGUGCUGCAGUACGAGAAGUACUUCCUGGUUCUGGCGGAGUGCAACUCGCUGGUGAACCCCGUCAUCUACUCCUUCAGGGACAAGGACAUGAGGAGGACCUUCAAGGAGAUCCUGUGCUACGUGUGCCGGCGGGGCCGCGACCGCCAGAGCAGCUCCGGGGUCCACUUCAAGUCCAUGGAGCAGGAGAACUUUAAGUCUCGCGUUGCCGAGACGAUGGACGAGAGCAACGGGACGCUUCUCAUCGCCGCAGCCUCAGAAACCUGAAGAGGACCCGAGACCCCGGACUCAUGGAGACCCUUUACGGAUAUGAGGUCUGAUCCAGACCUGCAGGUCUACAGGUCUCCGGUGGUGCUUCCUGGACUAGCCGAGACCAAAGCCGUCUGACGGCUCCUGUUUGCUGUGUGUCUCUAUUAUUUUGUCCACCAAAACAUGUUCAUGACCCAGUUGUUUGGGUCAAAGGUCAUUUAUGAAAGUUAUAUUCCUCAUUCAUUCCUCAGUCACAUGAUUAUUAAUAUGAAUAUGUUAUUAAUAUGUUAUUAACAUGUUAUUAACAGUUGCAGAGCUUCCAGACUGAGAUCUGCUCUUUAAUCAGAUCUGAGAUCAGCUGAUCUGGAUCCAUUUGAAUAAUAAUCAGAUCAUUGAGACAUUUUUAAAUAUUAAGAAAUGAUUAUCCAAACCCUGUUACUGAUCUUUAUUAACGCUUUAUUACCGUUAAUAAAGUGUUAAUAAAGCUUA